CCAACGCGCUCCUCGCGCCAAGCAUGCUGGGAUCAUCGGGACGCCUACUUCUCCUGUCUCACUGCCAAUUCUAUCCUCGUGCCUCCCGGAACCGACACAUCGGAUGGUCGAGGACCGCCAAAGACGGCCAAUGAGACUACAGCAGCGAGAGAUGAGGACCCUUGCAAGGACAAGAGGAGCGGAUACGAGGCCAAUUGCGCAAAGAGCUGGGUGGACUACUUUAACAAGAGGAGACUAUUGGAGGAGCGGCAGCGGUUGCUGUACGAGAAGAGU